GGGCGCGGUCGCCGUCACGGAGCGGAGCUAGCUUGUCAUCCGGCCGCCAUUAUCUCAUAUUUUAAACGGAUUCGUAUUCAAUUAAAGUUCGGGCUGCCGUUACGCGUUUUCAGUGUCGAUACUAUAGUACAUCGAAGACAAUCUCUGUGGUGUUCAGUUCGUUCGUGCUAAGUGUGUACGACUAGGAUAUUGGGAGUGAUAAGUGUUAAGUUAGGUUACUGUGUUGAGUAUCGCCGAGUAGAGAACCGCAAUUAUCGUCGCGUAGGGUGUCUCCGGUGGGGCCGGAGCGGCAGGCGGCGUGCGGAGCGCAUGCAGAGGGAGCGGUGAGAGCGCGCCCGGCUCGGGGCGGCCGGCGGCCAGGCGCCAAGGCACAAGAACAGCUGCCGACAUGGGAUGCGCCCAGUCGGCCGAGGAGCGAGCGGCGGCCGCUCGCAGCCGACAAAUCGAGAGGAAUUUAAAAGAGGAUGGCAUCCAGGCUUCCAAGGAUAUCAAGCUGCUUUUGUUAGGUGCUGGAGAGUCCGGCAAGAGUACUAUAGUCAAACAAAUGAAAAUUAUCCACGAAAGUGGCUUUACGAAUGAAGACUUCAAACAGUACCGGCCGGUGGUGUACAGCAACACAAUUCAGUCGCUCGUCGCCAUCCUGCGCGCCAUGCCCAACCUGGGUAUCACCUAUGGCAAUAAGGACCGGGAGAGCGACGGCAAGAUGGUGUUCGACGUGAUCCAACGGAUGGAGGACACGGAGCCGUUCAGCGAGGAGUUGCUCGCGGCGAUGAAGAGGCUGUGGGCCGACGCCGGCGUCCAGGAGUGCUUCGGUCGCUCCAACGAGUACCAGCUCAAUGAUUCAGCCAAAUAUUUCUUGGACGACCUCGACCGGUUAGGUGCGAGAGACUACCAGCCCACCGAACAAGAUAUUUUAAGAACUAGAGUCAAAACUACUGGUAUUGUCGAAGUGCACUUCUCCUUCAAAAACCUUAAUUUCAAAUUGUUCGACGUUGGCGGGCAGCGGUCAGAGAGAAAGAAAUGGAUCCACUGCUUCGAGGACGUGACCGCGAUCAUCUUCUGCGUGGCCAUGUCCGAGUACGACCAGGUGCUUCACGAGGACGAGACAACGAACCGCAUGCAAGAGUCGCUGAAGCUGUUCGACUCGAUCUGCAACAACAAGUGGUUCACGGACACCAGCAUCAUCCUCUUCCUCAACAAGAAGGAUCUCUUCGAGGAGAAGAUACGCAAGUCGCCGCUUACAAUCUGCUUCCCCGAGUACACUGGCGCGCAAGAGUACGGCGAGGCGGCCGCGUACAUCCAAGCGCAGUUCGAGGCCAAGAACAAGUCCACUACCAAGGAGAUCUACUGCCACAUGACGUGCGCCACGGACACCAACAACAUCCAGUUCGUGUUCGACGCCGUCACCGACGUGAUCAUAGCCAACAACCUGCGCGGCUGCGGGCUCUACUAGACGCCGACACGCCGCACACGCCGGUCCGCUGUCACAGAGCCUGGCUCAUUUUUUAACCUACCGCAUAAGUUUUAUCCCUCUGUAAGUUUCGGACGCUCUCGU